AGUGCUUUUCUACUUGCAGCGGUGGCUUUGGGCAGUGACUGCGGUAGAGGUCUGCUAGAUCUGGGGGCUCACUGGACUAUCGUCCGAAAGUAGACUUUGUGUCUUGUCGAACGUGUUACCACCAACUUGUGGAGUGGAUGUUCAUUGUCUGUCUUUUCUUUCAUUGAUUAUUGCAUCCUUUUUAACCAGCUUCGCAUCCCCAGCGUAUAAAGCUUGCCUUUACUGUCUUUUCUCUCAUCACAACUUUAUCCACCAAUUGAACUAACACACUACCAUGGACUUCGACAUGCCAUCCCCUUCCCAAUUUCCCUCUUCAUCUCAAUGGGCCCGCGCCAGUACCCGGCCCGCACCUGCUGACAUGAGCGUCGACAUGGACGUCGGUGUCGUUAGCUGGAUUGCGUCCCAACCUGCCCAUCCAGCCCUCCAGAAACUCAUAGCAGAGUGCCAAGAAGAGGAGGAACGAGGGCGGAGACCCCGUUCGAGUGCAUCCACGUACACGUCCACAUGGGCAUCAAGCACAAGCACGUCCGUCACAGCCCCAUGCGUUACGACCCGUGCAGCGUCCCUCCCCACGUUCGCUGCACCCUCCUCGAGCUCACUCCCAUCUGCAUCUGGCACACCCGCUUCUACGUCUACUUCGUCAAGGAGGUUUCCUCCAAGGAGCAAACCCAUGUCAAAGAAAGUACCCCCGUCCCGUGCUUAUUCAGCGACUGCACCUACGAAAAAUGACGUCCCUCCCGAUCCAGAGCAAACUGCACAACUACUUCAUAUGCUACGUGAUGUCUCUGCGAAGGUGGACGAGAAUUCGAGGCUCAAGCAAAUGGCAAAAGCGAAGGCAGAAAAGAAGGCUGGCACAUCGGGGGAUAUCACGACGCGGACGAAUACUGUCUCUGCUUCUUCGUCUGGCUCAAACUCCACGUCCAGAUCCACUGCGAGACAUCUAACGAAGGCUGCUAGUACGUCGACUAUCACGUCUGCUUCUUCUUCUGCACCUCCGCAAAGAGCUGCAAUCAGUAGACAGUUGAGUUCUGCAACCAUCAAGCCUACCGUUAAGCUUUCUAGAGAUAGUGGCACCCACGCGGACAUCGAGAUGACGUCAGAUUCAGACCGAGAUACCGAUCUCGAGGGCAGCACAUUCACUGAUUCCCUGGGUAACUUCGCUCCGAACGAAUCUUUUUCGAUGCACGUGGACGAAAUCAUACCACCCCCGAAACGCAUGAUCGGGAAGACGCCUAGUACCGGCCCGGUUUCUUCCACCAAUCGACCUACGGCUUCUUCCUCAAAUUCUGGGUUUGCGUCUUCCUCCAAAGCUCUGACAACUGCGUCCUCCUCCGCAUUCGCGUCAUCUUUAGAGAAGAUACCCCAGUCAACACAUGUGCGUCCUCCUGUGACACCCUCAACAAGUCAGCGACAUCCCCCACCGCUCGGCAUGCGUCGGGUACACAACCUCCCCAAUACCGGGUUUGCUUCGUCUCAAGCCCGCUAUGCCACUACGCAAGCACAUUAUGCGUCUUCACAAGCAAAGGCACAAAAGCAAACGACCCUUCCACCCUUCAAGCCUCCACUGCUCGCUAAGCACAACCCGAAACCCGUACCCGUACCAAAGCGGGUCGUGGAGCCUCCUGACAGUCCGCCGACUUCGACCCCCGAGCUGGACAAAGACGACAGCAAUGAUGAUGGUGAUGAGGAUAAAGGAGGUACGGCAGGUGCGGACUCGUCGUUUGAUGUGUCUUUUGAUGUGGAUGCGGAUGCGCUGGAGGCAACCAUGCGGCAGUAUGAUUAAUGCGGUGGAUGUGAGACGUCCGGAAGAUGCGAGGUGUGUGUAUGCUACUU